GAAUACAAGAACAAUUUUUUAAUUCAAUUUCUGCGUUUAUUAUUGUUGUAGUACACUUUUGAAUUCCAAAAUAUGGCUCGUGAAAGUAGCGCUGGUUUUGAUAGACACAUUACGAUCUUUUCCCCAGAAGGACGAUUAUAUCAAGUCGAAUAUGCUUUGAAAGCGAUAAACCAAGGCGGUCUGACGUCCGUGGCGCUGCGCGGUGCGGACGCCGCCGUGGUGGCCGCUCAGCGCAAGGUGCCGGACCGCCUGCUGGACCCCGCGUCAGUCACUCACCUCUUCAGACUUACAGACCGAAUUGGUUGCGUCAUGACGGGCAUGACAGCGGACAGCAAGUCGCAGGUCCAGCGAGCGCGCUACGAGGCGGCGAACUGGCAGUACAAGUACGGCACGGAGAUCCCGGUGCACAUUCUGUGCCGUCGCAUCGCGGACAUCUCACAGGUGUACACGCAGAACGCUGAGAUGAGGCCACUCGGCUGCAGCAUGAUGUUAAUCGCAUACGACGACGAGUCAGGCGCGAGCGUGUACAAGACGGACCCAUCUGGCUACUACUGCUCGUACAAGGCAGUUGCCGCUGGAGCCAAGGCUACAGACGCUAAUGCUUAUCUCGAGAAGAAGCUGAAGAAACGCUCAGACCUGUCCGCUGAUGAUGCGAUACAGCUGGCCAUCUCGUGCCUGUCACAAGUGCUGUCUGUGGACUUUAAGUCCUCGGAGAUUGAGGUUGGGGUUGUGAUGAAGGAUGAUCCGAAGUUCAAAGUUUUAACAGAGACCGAAAUUGAUAGACAUUUAACUGCCAUUGCUGAAAAGGAUUAAGGGAACAUCAGAAAUACUUUAUUAUUAAAAUUCAUUUAAUAAAAACUUUUACAUAUA